AGUCAAAUUCCCCCACCCCUUCCCCCUUAACCUCUCUCUCUCUCUCUGUCUCUGUAUGUAAACUUCCAUCUGCAAAUUCUCCGCCAUUAAAUUCAAGGGAAUGUAAACAGUUAAUCGAAACAUAUCCACUGUACCCAUUAAAGCAAAUCAAAGUUUGUCAACAAUGGUAACAUCUCUAGUAGAAGAAAUGAGUAAUUGAUGUUUCUGAUUCUGUCUCAGGGCACAAUGUUGGUCCCUCCAUGGCUAGAACCGUUACUAAAGACAUCCUUCUUCUCAAUCUGUCAGAACCACGGCAACAGUUGCCGGAGCGAGAAAAACAUGUAUUGUUUGGAAUGCAAUGACGGUUCAUUCUGUUCAAAUUGCCGAACAUCCAACCACAAGGAUCAUCAAGUCAUUCAGAUAAGAAGAUCAUCAUACCAUGAUGUGGUGAGAGUUUCAGAGAUUCAGAAAGUAUUAGACAUAAAUGGUGUUCAGAGCUAUGUAAUCAACAGUGCAAGAGUAUUGUUUCUAAACGAGAGACCUCAACCAAAGACACAACCAAUUUCAUCAGUACAUAACUAUAACAACUAUGCUUGUAAUGUUUGCGGAAGGAGCCUCUUGGACACUUUUACAUUCUGUUCACUCGGUUGUAAGGUUGUGGGAAUGAAAAAGAAUGGAAAUGCAAGUGUUACCAGUAGUACUGAUCAGAUCAAUGAAGUUCAUAGUAAUAGAAGAAGAAUGACAAAGAAGAGAAUGUCACAAUCAAGAAGAGGAGAGAGAGAGGAAUGGAGUGAAGGUUCACGACAAGAAAUGGUGUACCCUCCUUCUUCCACACAUGAGACUCCACUCCCUUCUUCUACCACAAAGAGAAGAAAAGGUACCCCUCAUAGAGCCCCUUUUGGUUGUCCCAUUUAAACUUUAUUACUUAACAUGAAAAAUAAUCAUUUGCAAUGAACACUUAUCAACUCAACAUAUAUGCAAUGUGUUCAAGUCAAAAAUAAAUAAAAAACUCCCUUUCAUUCAAAAACCCUAAUGUCCCAUGUCGGAAAAUCACAUUCUAAUAGAUUCUAAAUAUCUUCGGGGUACCUUUUGAGUUUGGGCUGUGGUGGCGAAGUGGUUUACUCGGAGUAUUUGUAGUUUAUUUUCUUGUGGAACGGUGCCCCGGGUGUUGAAUUAAUCUUUUUAUUUUUUAGGUUAUAGUUGUAAACAUUAAGGACAAUGUUAGGGCAAUAAUAAAUAUCCUUGAUAAUUACAAGGAAUUAAUGUCCAUUGAGAAGGUCCUUUUGUU